CAUAUCGUAUUUGUGUGAAUUGUGCCAGCAAUGCCAGCUGUGGCCAGCUUUGUUCUAUGUGUUUUGUGAAUUGUGCCCUGUGGUUCUGCAAUUCGGCGGGACGAUAACGCUCAGUUCUACAAUGACGUCCAAAUUGAGGAACAGAGAUUGCGCGAAUAAAAUCAGACAUGGCUCGCCUAAGCUGCAGGAGGUGCUGCGAGAGAAAUGUCGCCAGAGAAUGCGAGAGAAGCGGGAUCAUUUAUUUAACAAACGUAGAUUCGGCUUGGAACUUAACUCAAGACACAUGCAGGACACACUGACAGAAAUAAUACGCCAAGAAUUCAAGAAUUUAGCAACAUUAGAUGACAACGACAAAAGUAUUAUGUUUAAAGAGAUUGAGGAGCCACUAUCUCAGGAAGAGGCAAUUGAAUUAGAAAACGAAAUUGUUUGCGAACAAGAACAAUGGAUAAUCCAAGAAUAUGAGAAGAUUUUGCAGGACGAGGUCGAACACUUUGCAAUGUACGUCGACAAUGAAAAUAGAGAGGUAUUCUGUCCCAUGUGUCAGAAAGCUAUACUAGGAGAGGAGAAUAAUUGUGUGAAUUGUCCAGUCUGUAAACUGAAAUUGACAGGUCGUACCAUGCAAGAAGUGAGGCAUUUAAUUAACGAAAGUAUUAAUAUUCACGCAUUCAAUUGCGUUAAGGUACCACUAUUCACAAUAAUACCUGAUAACACUAAUCUCAAUUUGUAUCUGAUAUGUCAUGACUGUUCCACUUUGGCAUUGAUUUGCUGAUUAUUCAGUUGGCGAGCUAUCAAUUUUCUAAAAUACAAAUGUG